AUAUAUAUAGAGGGUUCGAGUUUUCUCUCAUUAUCAAGUUCAUCGCUUACCCACAACUCCGGCCGAUAAACCUACCGGCGAAUCGAAUUCACGGUGAUGCCUGGGUUCGAUAGAAUUAGCGAAUUGCCGGAAUCUUUGAUUAGUCAAAUACUCUUACACCUUCCGACUAAAGAUUCGGUGAAGACGAGUGUUUUAUCGACUAGAUGGAAGAAUCUAUGGCUCAAUGUUCCCGGACUUGACUUGAACUGCCGUGAUUUCCCUUUUGAUAACAACAACGAAAAAGUGUUGAUUGAUUUCAUCGACAGAUUUCUCCAGUUUAACAAUGAGUCUCGCCUGCUAAAAUUCAAGGUAAAUUACAGUAGAGAUGAGAUCAUCAAGUUCUCGGAUCGGAUCCGUGAUGCGGUUAACCGCCGAAUUCGAGUUUUAGAUGUUGAGAGCAAUACCUAUUAUCAAGAUGCUGAUGACGGCCUUGUCUAUCCUUGUAUCGAGUUCAUGCCUCUGAAUCUUUAUACGAGUAAGACAUUGGUUUCUUUGAAGCUUUCGUUUUCGGGUCUUGCGGAUCCGGGAUUUGUUUACAUGCCUUGUCUCAAAUUCAUGCAUCUUCGAGAAGUUCGUUGGCAUAGUAGUGGUACUAUGAAUCUGGAGAAGCUUGUUUCAGGAUGUCCUGUUCUUGAAGAACUGAUUUAUCUUUGUGAUGAUGAAUUGGUGGUUACUCGUGUGAGAUCUCGAAGCUUGAAGAGGUUUUCUAUUCCGUCUGAGCACAGUAUUUCUUGUUUUCGGAGCGUGGCACAGACAUUUGAGAUUGAUGCUCCAGGACUAGAGUAUAUGAGUCUUAAAGAAGACCAUUUCGAUAGAUUCAUGGUGAAGAACCUGACUUCUUUAUUCAUGAUUGACCUCGAUAUCAAAUUCAUUUUCGGGUUUGGCCGGAUGUUUGAUCCGGAGGACUUGGCAAAGAGAAAUGAAAUCCGUGAUUUUCUCACCGGGAUAUCUAUUGUAAGACAUAUGAUCAUCUCUCAUCAAACAGUGAAGGCCCUUCAUAUUUACUCAAAAGUAGGAUCGAUUCCCAAAUUCAAUAACGUAUCCCGUCUUCAGGCUGAGUUCCCGAGCUCCUUGUUACAGUUUUUGCCAGCCUUUCUUGAGAGUUUCCCGAAUCUGAAACACUUAAUCUUGAAAAUUGUUUAUCCAGAGGAGGUGAUGGAGGAGUUAAAACUCGUAAAUGUGCCUCGAUGUUUCGUAUCGACUCUUGAGCGUGUUGAGAUAAAAGGAUUGUUUGACUGGGGGGAAGAGGAUAUGAAAAUAGCGAGAUACUUUCUUGAAAACUCAGCAGUCCUCGAGAAACUGAUUGUGUGUUUCAUGGGUUGUCCUCAACAUUAUUCGGAAUCAGAUAUCUACGAGGAGCUUGAUAAACUCACAAAACGUUCUCUAAGAUGUCAAAUUAUCAUCGACGCUGAAUUGGAAUGAGGCCAUGAUCAUUAUCAGUGUAGAAAGUAUGUUUUCUCAUGAAACGUUAGGAUUUAUUUUAAAGAUCAGUUCGUUCUUAAUCUUAGUUCUGGUUGGAUUCCCUGACCAUAAAACUCGGUCUGAGAACGAGAAAAAUUGUUGUUUUUUAAUUUUAUCUUAAUCUCAAUCUCAGUUUCUUGGAGGGUCUUCAAUGAUAUUAUUGGAUUCUCUGAAGAAA